UUUUCCUGGUGAAAAGCAAGGAACUCAAAUGGCCAAGCGCGAGCUUUCCAGCACCCUGAGGAACUUGAAGUUCAUGCAAAGGGCAGCACUGAGAGAAGAAAAUACCAAGAAAGAUGAAGAUGUCAAGCCUGAUGGGUAUUUCUGUUCCCCUAGUACCUUUAAUAGAAAGUGCGUGGUCAUAAUGGAAGGUGAUCCAAAUCCUGGAGCAAUUAAAGGCCGCAUGUCAUUUCAAAGUUUUAAUCCUUCUAUUGAUCAUCAAGCCCAGUGUCUGCCACUUCUACUGGCAGUCAAAGUGGAGGAAUAUCUUUGAGAGAAAAUGGAUCAUCAAUGGAUGGAGCAGAGAGUUUGAACACUAAAAAAUCGAGUUUUAAGGCCAAUGGAGACCUUAAAAGAAAACAGUCUGAAGCAGCAUCUGAAACACAAUACCCAAAUAAAUCACCAAAAUCCGUACAAGGUAAUCAACAAUCAUCACCAAGUAAUAGUAAAGGUUCCUUCAAGAAACCAAAAGGUUAAAAGCUGGACUGGAGUGUUCUUCGACUGUCAGUGUCAUAACAAAAGAGGGUGAGCACUGAGCAUAUUUAAUGUUCACAUACACAAUUCUGUGAAUUUCUUUUCAAUUUGCUUUGAGAUCCCAACAUUUGAAUCCAUAAUCUCCUCUUUGAUUU